CGUCUGCGCUCCCGGCGCUGACGUGUCUGGGCGGUCGGCUUCCACUCCUCCAGGCGCCGGCAGCCACUAGUCGUGGCGAGAGGGGCGGGGUGGCCGGGGCUGGCGCUCCCCUUGGCCCCCGCUCCCGGCCCGCCCCGCCGCCGCGGCCCCCCGGAUGACGGUAUAUAUUCGGAGCGGGCGCGGGACGCCGAUGAGUGGCCGCGCGGAAGGAGCUGGAGACGGGCGUAGCUGCGGUCGCGCCGAGAAAGAAGGAUGGUAUUGGAGGGCUGAGCACACGUAUGCUGAACAUAUGGCUGCUUGAACUUUGGCCUGUCGCUGUGCUACACUUACUUCUACAUGGUUUAUGAAAUCUGAAAUCAGGUAAUAGGAUUAUGAUCAUAUGUGUGUGUCAUUUGGUAUUGCAAAAGUUUAAGGACUUUUAGGUGAAAUUCACUGGGUGUGGAUCCAAGAGUUCGCCGGAAACUCAAGGCAGUUGUCUAUUCCUUCACGGUUAGUCAGUUGGCUCACUUAGCUGGAGCAAAGAAAGUCUUCAUAGGCUGUGCUGCCAAGCAUUUAUAGGAUUCAGUUGGUGGUUAUGUCUCAACUCUGAUACUGUUUUUCAAAAGCUUUAAGAGGCUUACUUAUUCAUUUCGAGGGCAUACGUAUACCAGCAGAGAUAGGGGCUGGGUGGGGGAAGCAGAAAAGGAGGGAGAAAUACUGGAUUUCUUUAAUACUGGUAUUUAAAUUCUAAUAAAAAUAUAUUUGAUAAUGGUAGAUUAUUACCAAAUUUGUCAUAUAUUUUGAUGCAGAUGGAUUAGGCUGUGGGCAUGUACCAAGUUGUGUCAUAAUUUCUCGGGCAGAUUUUCAACUUUUUCAGAUUUCGGUUGUCAAAAUAAAAAUCCAUAUCUUCUAACUCUUCUGUUAAUUGCUGCUUACCAUUACACACACAUGCCUCUAAACAUCGUUAAUGGGAAACAUGCUACUAUUUUUGUGGCAUGAAGGUGCUUAUAUCUGCCUCAAAUAAAUAUAAUAGAUGAAUUGUGCUUGUCCAAAACUCAAGUAUGGUCGUUACAUUAUGAACAUUAUACAACAUGUAGAUGAACACAUGUUACCAGUGGUUUAGGCCCAGAUGUCAAAGUUUAACCUGUGAGGUACCCUUUUUAUUUAUUUAUUUUUUUUUGAGACGGAGAGUCUCACUCUUUCGCCAGGCUGGAGUUCAGUGGCGUGAUGUCGGCUUACUACAACCUCCGCCUCCCCGGUUCAAGCGAUUCUCCUGCCUCAGCCUCCUGAGUAGCUGGGACUACAGGCGCGUGCCGCCAUGCCCAGCUAAUUUUUGUAUUUUUAGUAGAGAUGGGGUUUCAGCAUGUGGGCCAGGAUGGUCUUCAUCUCUUGACCUCAUGAUCCGCCCGCCUCGGCCUCCCAAAGUGCUGGAAUUACAGGCGUGAGCCACUGCGCCCGGCCCUAUGAGGUUUACAGGUACAUACAUUACACCCCUAUUUCUACAAAGCUUGGCUAUUAGAGCAUUAUGAACAUUAAUGACCUCAAACUCACGUUGUCCAAAGCUGGGCAAGAGCACCUACUACGUUUCUGGAAUGAGCUUGAAGAAGCCCAACAGGUAGAACUUUAUGCAGAGCUCCAGGCCAUGAACUUUGAGGAGCUGAACUUCUUUUUCCAAAAGGCCAUUGAAGGUUUUAACCAGUCUUCUCACCAAAAGAAUGUGGAUGCACGAAUGGAACCUGUGCCUCGAGAGGUAUUAGGCAGUGCUACAAGGGAUCAAGAUCAGCUCCAGGCCUGGGAAAGUGAAGGACUUUUCCAGAUUUCUCAGAAUAAAGUAGCAGUUCUUCUUCUAGCUGGUGGGCAGGGGACAAGACUUGGCGUUGCAUAUCCUAAGGGGAUGUAUGAUGUUGGUUUGCCAUCCCGUAAGACACUUUUUCAGAUUCAAGCAGAGCGUAUCCUGAAGCUACAGCAGGUUGCUGAAAAAUAUUAUGGCAACAAAUGCAUUAUUCCAUGGUAUAUAAUGACCAGUGGCAGAACAAUGGAAUCUACAAAGGAGUUCUUCACCAAGCACAAGUACUUUGGUUUAAAAAAAGAGAAUGUAAUCUUUUUUCAGCAAGGAAUGCUCCCCGCCAUGAGUUUUGAUGGGAAAAUUAUUUUGGAAGAGAAGAACAAAGUUUCUAUGGCUCCAGAUGGGAAUGGUGGUCUUUAUCGGGCACUUGCAGCUCAGAAUAUUGUGGAGGAUAUGGAGCAAAGAGGCAUUUGGAGCAUUCAUGUCUAUUGUGUUGACAACAUAUUAGUAAAAGUGGCAGACCCACGGUUCAUUGGAUUUUGCAUUCAGAAAGGAGCAGACUGUGGAGCAAAGGUGGUAGAGAAAACGAACCCUACAGAACCAGUUGGAGUGGUUUGCCGAGUGGAUGGAGUUUACCAGGUGGUAGAAUAUAGUGAGAUUUCCCUGGCAACAGCUCAAAAACGAAGCUCAGAUGGACGACUGCUGUUCAAUGCGGGGAACAUUGCCAACCAUUUCUUCACUGUACCAUUUCUGAGAGAUGUUGUCAAUGUUUAUGAACCUCAGUUGCAGCACCAUGUGGCUCAAAAGAAGAUUCCUUAUGUGGAUACCCAAGGACAGUUAAUUAAGCCAGACAAACCCAAUGGAAUAAAGAUGGAAAAAUUUGUCUUUGACAUCUUCCAGUUUGCAAAGAAGUUUGUGGUAUAUGAAGUAUUGCGAGAAGAUGAGUUUUCCCCACUAAAGAAUGCUGAUAGUCAGAAUGGGAAAGACAACCCUACUACUGCAAGGCAUGCUUUGAUGUCCCUUCAUCAUUGCUGGGUCCUCAAUGCAGGGGGCCAUUUCAUAGAUGAAAAUGGCUCUCGCCUUCCAGCAAUUCCCCGCAGUGCUACAAAUGGGAAGUCAGAGACCAUCACAGCUGAUGUCAAUCACAACUUGAAGGAUGCCAAUGAUGUACCAAUCCAGUGUGAAAUCUCUCCUCUUAUCUCCUAUGCUGGAGAAGGAUUAGAAAGUUAUGUGGCAGAUAAAGAAUUCCAUGCACCUCUAAUCAUCGAUGAGAAUGGAGUUCAUGAGCUGGUGAAAAAUGGUAUUUGAACCAGAUACCAAGUUUUGUUUGCCAUGAUAGGAAUAGCUUUUAUUUUUGAUAGACCAACUGUGAACCUACAAGACGUCUUGGACAACUGAAGUUUAAAUAUCCACAGGGUUUUAUUUUGCUUGUUGAACUCUUACAGCUAUUGCAAACUUCCCAAGAUCCAGAUGACUGAAUUUCAGAUAGCAUUUUUAUGAUUCCCAACUCAUUGAAGGUCUUAUUUAUAUAAUUUUUUCCAAGCCAAGGAGACCAUUGGCCAUCCAGGAAAUUUCGUACAGCUGAAAUAUAGGCAGGAUGUUCAACAUCAGUUUACUUGGAGCUGGAAGCAUUUGUUUUUGAAGUUGUACAUAGUAAUAAUAUGUCAUUGUACAUGUUGAAAGGUUUCUAUGGUACUAAAAGUUUGUUUUAUUUUAUCAAACAUUAAGCUUUUUUAAGAAAAUAAUUGGGCAGUAAAAUAAAUGUAUCUUCUUGUCUCUGGA